AUGAAUCUAGAAAACGUGGACGAUGAUUUACAAGCAGGUCCACUUCCACUAACCUCUGAUCUUUUAAAUCUAACUCCUCUUUCAAGCCCUACAACAGAUAAAGUUGCCUACAAAAAAGACAAAGUUUGCACAAUCUGCGGAUCUCCUUUUAGUCUAUUAGGUUCCAAUCAAAAAUACACAUGUGGGUUUUGCUAUCGUGGGGUCUGCAAUAAAUGCUCCAUGCAGCAAAUUUAUGAGCCUGUCAAGCGAGAAAUUCUAAAAAUCUGUGACAAUUGUUAUACCCAGUUCAUCCAAACACAAAUCACAAGCAAAGUUCAGUUUGAAAUUAUGGAUGUUCAAGCACAGAUCAGGUUUAUACAAGAAAAGGUAGAUGAAGAAAUAAAAGCUUUAAAUAAAGAGCGUGAUUUGUGUAAAGAACUCAAAUCAAAAAUCCUUAUUGAAGAAGGCAAAAUUAAUCAUAACUUACGAUCAGACCAAAAAAGAAAAGAAAAAGUCGAAGAUGCUAUCGAGAAGCUGGACGAUGUCAUCAUGAAGCUGGAAUCCAAAGUAGUCGAGCUUCAGCUACAUUUGAAAGGAAAAGAGAUGAAAAUAGCUCAGUAUAAAGAAGAAAUCGAAGACCUUAAACUGCAAACUGCGACAGAGAGAGUUAAUAGAGAAGAUUUAAAAGAAAAAAUUGAUGCUUGUAGGGCUGAUAAUAAAACUGUAGAAGAACAAAUAAAAAAGGCAGAAGAGGAUAAGAUACAGGAAGCAAAUAUUGUGGUGAGCUCAAAUGAAGUAGAACUGACAUUGAAAAUUGAUAGACUAAAAGCAGAAAUAAGGGAGCUUGAAAAAACUAACAUUAAAGCUGAGAGAAAGAUAGCUGAAUUAAGAAAUGAAGGAGGCGUAAAAAUAGCGACUGUAAGUCAGUUGUCGAAUUCAAUUUUAAUCUCAAGUACUGGGAUUAAUCCAGAAGCCUUUUGUGCACAAUUCGAUAAUCCUUAUAAGAUGGCGAAAGAACAGUUUAAAUUUAAUCAGCAAGAAAUAGAAGAACUCAAGUAUGAGCUUGAAGAGCUCAGAGAUACUGACAAAGAAGUUUUUAAUGCUGAUGAGUACUCUUUGCCUCCACUUCAGUCCCAGUCAAAAAGAUGCACUAUUCAAUAA